CCGAGCGGAUCUCUCACAUGGUCGUGUGCGGUGGCCGUUGUUGAAUGCUGGCGGAUUCCCUUCCCGUCCAAUUUCGGAACUCUCCGUAAAGUCGUUCCAUCAGAGCGCGCACAAUUAUGUUACCGGCUCGACACGGCAAUACCACCAGCAACACCACUGCCGCCAUUGUCAACAAACCCAACAGCAACUUCGCCACGUCCAUAAGACACUGGGCUGGAUUUUUUGCGAACGGUUAAACAAUCUGCCGGUUUUAUAGCCCGCCCAAGCAAGGGGCUAUAUCCACCAACACGGUGCCUCUCUCGCACGGCUUGGCUCGUGAUCUACUCGAUCGGUAGGUACAUAACACACGUUCACACAGAGAAAAUAUAGUCAUGAAACGAUAAUAAAAAAAAAAAAAAGUAAAGAAGAUAAAGGAAUAAAAAAUAACAUUCAAGAAUAAUUAAGUAACAGCUAAAAAGAUAUUAAACGCGGCGAAACACGUGUGCGUGUGGUGUACGUUCUCUGUGUAUCGAAGAAUUCUCAAGCAAACGACAAUAUAUACACACGGUUUUACAUUAGCGUACGCAUUUUUCUAUUGCGAAGCUAUAUAAUAAAAACUAAACGAUAACUGAAAAGUAAAGUGUUCUCGUUAUAUCUCGUUACUAGAGAAUAACAAAAGAAGGUGUUUAAUACAGAAUAUCACGAGGGAAGAGUCGAGUAAAUUUUUGUUGGAUUUCACACGAAGACCCACCAUCAGGACAUGGGAAUUCUUGGUUGUAUGCGUGGAAAUCGUCAUAUUACAGGUCAUAGGAAUGAGGAAGCGGGUAUUCACGUGGGACUCGUGGUGGUGGUUAACAGUUCUACUCAUUGCGGUGCACGUUACGGAUACAAAGGAUCUCCCGUCGCCAGGAUCGUCGACAUGGCUGAUAGGGAAAACGUCGCCAAGCUGGCGUGUCGAAUGUGCCACGGGUUGCGAGUGUCUGGAGAAUGGGAAAAGUCUACUGUGUCGGGAGCGAAAUUUCCUAGGACUCGGUUUGCCGAGACAGGCUGUAAACGUCGUAUUGAAAGAUGUCAGAGCCGCUACCGUGCCCGUUUCCGCCCUCGAGACCGCUGCACAUCUGAGAAGUCUCGCGUGGACGUCGAGCGGGAUAGAGCGCGUCGAAUCAGGUGUGUUUCACACGACAACGUUCCUUCAACAUUUGAACUUAGGUGACAAUAGGCUGACGGAAUUGCCGUCGGACGUCUUCCAUCCGUUGCACCAACUACAGUACCUGAAUCUUACCAGAAAUCGGUUGCACAUACUCCCGCGAGCGUUGUUUCAAGACUUGGACAAACUCGAGGAGAUCCGUUUGUCGCAGAAUCGACUGUCGGUACUUCCGUACCAAGCGUUCGCCACGUCCAAGUCGUUGACACGUUUGGAUCUGUCCGGUAACCUGCUGGUAUCGUUGCCGGAUCACAGUUUCAAGCCGAACAAACAUCUUCAAGAGCUCGAUCUAUCUGGUAACAGGCUCACGAAACUUCCAUCCCGUUUAUUCUCCGGUCUGACACAGCUGAAGUUACUUCAGCUCUCCGACAACGAGAUCGACACAAUUCCACGCGGUCUUUUCGCCGAUCUAUCGUCGUUACAGGAACUAGAUCUAUCCACCAAUCCUAUCACACGUCUCUCCAGCAUCACGUUCCAAAGUUUGUCGAAUCUACGAUGGCUCAGUCUGAAGAAUCUACCGGUCACCGUGCUGCCGCAAGAUGUAUGGCGACCGGUAAAAAAGCUACGCACUCUGUUGCUCUCCGGGACGAGGAUAGAGGUGCUGCGCAACGAAGAUUUGAAGGGGUUGGAUCAACUAGAGACAUUGGAGAUGAACAACAGCCCUUUGCGCGAGAUAUCGCGUUGCACGUUGGAUCGUACACCGGCCCUUCGUAAGAUCGAUCUACACGACAGCAAUCUGACCUUCCUUCCGGCGAACGUGGCGCAGCUGUCGUUUCUGAACGAGCUGCAGCUGCAAGGGAACCCGUGGGCCUGCGAUUGUCGUAUGUUCUGGUUCGUGAAAUGGGCGGAGAGCAAGGAACACCUUCGUACAGCGUUCCAAAGUGGGUUCAGAUGCGGCGACGAGAUCGACGGUUCCGCCGAUAUCCUUCAAACGCUGCGUUACUUGAAAUGUGCACCGCCGAAUCUGUCGUACGCAACGCCCACACAGCAGUAUCUGUUGUUAAACUCGGUGCUACUCGAAUGUGAAUUCAACGGCAAUCCUACGCCAUCGUUAGCAUGGGUUACACCGAGACUUCAGGUACUGCACUGGAAUCCCGAUCCAGCUUUUCCCGACGCUUUUGUCGAACAUCCUCCCGUACAUGGAUGGGAACAAAGUGUGCCGUUCGUUGAUGAUGGUCGCGUACGCAUCCUCGAGAAUGGAUCUUUGUACAUCACGACGUUGCUCAGGCAGGAUGUUGGACAAUACAAGUGUUUCGCUGUCAAUCCGAUUGCCAAUGCCACUACCUAUAUUAGUUUGCAGAUGAAUCCGAUAACAUUGCACAAAAUCAGGAUUAUGAGCAUCCUGGUUGGCGCUGCCAGCGCGACGGCCUUUCUUCUUUUAACGCUACUCGUGCAAUUGCUGCGUUACGCAUUGGACAAGAGCGGCUGUCUGAAUUGGUGUUUCUGCUGCAGGCGGGUCGGUUCUACACCUAGAGCGAAGCAAAUCUACCAGAUGCUGGAUAAUAUCGAGCAAUACAAGAGUCAACAACUUGAGAGACUGCGCGAGAAUUACACUCAACAAGUGCAUAGAAUAAAAGAGAACUGCGCCCAGCAGGUAGAAUGGAUACGAGACAGUUACGAGGGCCAAAUGAGGCACAUCAGAGACAUAAGGGACUAUGGAACGAGUCAUCUCACAGCGCUCAGAGAUCAGUAUUACGAUCAGGUGAGAAAAGUAAGAGAUUACUCGACCAGUCAGCUGAAUUGGGUGCGAGAGAACUAUGUCUUCCAGCGUAACAAGAUAAGAAAGUUCAGCGCCCAUCAGGUGUUGCGGCUGCGUGAGAGUUACAAGUAUCAACAGCAAACGUUGAACAAAGUAUUGGAGAAUUUGCCGAAUUUUUACUUCGACAACUGCCGAAGCGGCUCGUGCGGGAAAAGCGACUCGAUGGUGUUCAAUCCGAAGGACGACGGAUCGAUCCGCGUCGACGCUUACUUCAAAGCGAAAAUCAACGAUCUGGCGAACGGUGGUAGCAUGGAGGAUCUGAACAGCGAGUAUUACACACCAACGGAACUCUCGUCGGCAAGUCCGCACGGUAUAAACGUGUUGGAGGGAAUCCAUAUAAAUUAUAUCGAGGAAACAAGCCCACCGGUUCGACUGGAUCCAUUGUGCAAUGGAGCACUACCGUGUCCAAUAAUACUGCACAGUAUCGAGGAGGAUGGGAGCUCGUCUUCGGUGUACAAAGAUGCAGACCACGUGAAGUCAGUUUUCAGAGACUUCAGCAGCGAAGUCUUAGCCAAAGAGCCUAAACAGACGCCAGAAAGUCUUGGUCUCCUUGCACCCAGUACCAGUAUGCCCGACUUACCGCGCGAAACCAAACUCUAGACGCCUUUAAAAAAUAGACAGA